UAUUAUCUGGCUCGAUUGCAUGCACCAAGCAACUCCUCUGCACACGUUGCCGGGUCACUGUUGUAGAUACAGCGUGUACCUUUACACAUCACAAGACGCCAGAACAGGUGUUCAGGUAGGUAACACGAUCUAUAAAAUGCUUCAAUUCUCUUUGGUGAUAAUGGCCAUCCAACACUUCAUUCAUUCCCUCUUCACCUUUCCAUUGUCGCUAUCUUUCUAUCUUAAUUUUUUCGCACGAUGGCGCGCUUCUCUAGCUCGCACAAGGCUGGCCUUGUGCUACUCUGCCUCACUUUCAGUCUUCCAGUGACACAGUCUCUAGGCGUUCCUUUUCCUCAUUCGGGUCUCAGCCGUCACGAACCAGCCGUGGCACGUUCGAAUUCGGAUCCAGUGGAAGUCGUCGGUCAGGAUGACAUCCCCGUGAAGCUCUACCCCCGCAACCAAAAUGCGGACAAGCACGAGAAAAAUUAUGUAUCCAUCAAGAUAUUCACAGAACUAAAGUACACCAAGAAAGGAGCCGACCGCGACAAAUAUCUGGCAGAUCUCAAAAAAGAGUUGCCAGAAUUUAAUGCCGAUGACGAUAUCUACAACGAGGAGAAGCCUAGGGAAACUAUUUUGUAUGCCAUUAAGAAGCCUUGGAAAACAGACGAGGAGAGGAAAGAGGUUGUGGAUGAGUUCGUAAAAGAAUUCAACAAGGAGGAUAAAAUGAUCAAGAAAGUUGAGAUCGUCGGCCACACAGGAGGAGUUCAAGUGACGAGUGUCACUCCUCGGGACGUUCAGGAAAAGCGUCAUAUCGAUGACUUCAAACCACCCGCAAACCCUAUGCAGACUUGGAAGAACGUGCGACAGAGCGGCAUAACUGACUCACUGGCAUUCUUCGGCUGGGACAAGGAUAAGAAGCUCGCAGAUUACGAUCUGGAUAAAUCACCCAACAAGGAAAAUAUGCAGUAUGUCCAUCUGAGUAACCCCGGAAGAUACAAGCUGCAAGACAUCGUCAAUACUGCCCAGGGGGGAGCUGCCCGGGCAGGUGCGGCAGAGUAUUCAAACGUCAGGCUUUAUCUUGUCGACACUGGUGCGCAUAUCAAUCAUCGCGAGUUCGCACAUAUAGACCCAAAAUCUUGGCAGUGGAUCCAUCCCGGAAACGCGGUGGACAGAGAGAAGGCUGAGGCAGAGAUUAAACAAGUCAAUUUCGAUGCACACGGUCACGGAACGUGCAUGCUCAGCAAAAUUAUAGGACUUAAGCAUGGUACCAGCAAAUUCGGCUAUCCUAUAAUUGUAAAGGUGCCCAUGUAUAACGACGAACAAUUCCACGCGUCUUUCCUAUCGCAAGCGAUUGUAGCGGUAACAAGAGAUUGGAAGAGAUGGUUGGAGAAAAAUGCAAAGGAGGGCAUGGGCAAGAUCAAGCAUGCCGUAGUGAACAUGUCUUUCGCUACAGAGGGCAUGCAAAAUCCAUCAAUGACUGAAGACGAGACGCAGGACGUAAUCGAAGCGAUGGAAGAAGGGCAAAAGUUGGGCCUUUACUACGUCGUAUCCACUGGAAAUGACGGAAAGGAAAAACUUACCUCUGUCCCAGGAAUUCUCAAAUUUGGAACGGGCAAGAAGGACAUGCCAAAGUUCCCGGAUUUGGAGAUUCCAGAGGUUCCACUGUUUUUGGUUGGCGCCACCGACGACGAAGGACAGAUAUGGCCGAAAUCCAACACUGAACCUAACCAACAAAUACUCUUUGCCCCUGGCGUACAAGUCGAAUGCGCCAACGCCAAAAAGCUUGACAAUACAAUCAAAACUUCUGGGACCUCCCUCUCGACUGCCUCUGUUUCCGGCCUUGUCAUGAACAAGCUCUCCAUGCCCAAUGACAUGCUCAAAUCCUCCAUCAAAGAUGAUUUCGAUCAAUUGCACAAACACAUCUACGACGCUGCAUGGGAGCGCACACAGACCAAGAAAAGAACGGGAGUGGUGGUCAAGGGGGCUUUCAAUGGCAUCGACACACCCGCGGACUUGAGGUCGCUAUACAAAGUUGAAUAUGGUCGCGAAAUUGGUCCCGGACACCAGAAGCUCACUUGGGAGCCCAAGGCGGCCCGUUGAUGAAGCCACUCAGUCUGAGUUGCUGUAUAAAUGUAUGCGCAAACGUAUCUGGAUCUGGUAUUCGGCAUUACAUGUUCACUAACAAACUACAACACGCGAUUACUCAUCACUAUUUAGCGGAGAAUCGUGCAAACUUUAUAGAUUACUAAUUAUACUUUAGAUGGUAAAUAGACUUUAAGAUAAGGGCAUAGAAUGAAAUGUAUAUUCAAC